AAAGAGAAAAAAGUAGGCCGCCGAACCCCAACCAACUGCGCUGCGCACCUUCUCUUCCUUGUGUGCUGAGUAGCGGCUGGCCGGCUCUGAUACCUUUCCCUCAACUCCCUCUCUCUCUCAAGUCUCAACCCUCCCCCUUUUUGUGCCGAUCAAGCUUCUACUUCUCCAUUUCCACCAAGUCACAGAAUCAGAAUCCCACUUUCUCUUCUUCUGGAGGACAAGGCAGGCGAGAAGGUCAAGUAAGGUAUGGCGCACAACGCGCCGGCCGAGGAUCACAAUCGCAUUCCCGUACAUCGACACGACGACAGCAGCGGCGGCGGCGAUGAUGAUGACGAUGAUCACAGCGCCACCGACCUCAACAGUUCCUCCGGCGAUUCCGUCGUCCUCGAUGUUGAUAUCUCCACCGAGAAUGCCGCUUCCUCCGUCUCUGAUUCACCUGAAUGUAACAGGAGAAGCAUCUAGUCCUGGGAAAUUGAGGUCACGUUCCAGUCUUCGUCAGAAAGCUAAAGCAUUCAAAGAUAAUCACAGGUUAGGGAUGGUGGUUGCCAAGCUUUUUGAUGAAAAGAUUCCUCUCAAGAAGAAGCUGAAAUUGGUUAAUCGGCUUGCGAGCGUUAAAGAGGAUGGAACCGUUCAGUUUGAUGUUCCUGGGGAUAUAAAACCCCAGAGCCUUGAUUUUGGAACUGGGGUUGUCUAUCAUGAAGCUGCUGGUGAAGAAUGUGCUGACAUGGCCCCCGUUAAAGAAAUUCCUCCCCUACAAAUAGUAAUGCUCAUAGUUGGAACCCGAGGAGAUGUGCAGCCAUUUGUUGCAAUUGCAAAGCGUUUGCAGGAAGACGGCCACAGGGUAAGACUGGCGACCCAUGCCAAUUUUAAAGACUUCGUAUUGACUGCUGGUCUUGAGUUUUUCCCUCUAGGCGGAGAUCCAAAGGUCCUUGCCGGUUAUAUGGUUAAGAAUAAAGGUUUUUUCCCAUCCGGACCUUCAGAAAUUCCUGUCCAGAGGCAGCAAAUGAGAGAAAUUAUAUUUUCUUUACUUCCUGCAUGCACAGACCCUGAUCCCGAAACAAAUAUUCCAUUCAGAGCAGAAGCAAUCAUCGCCAACCCCCCAGCAUAUGGUCAUACACACAUAGCGGAGGCACUAAAGGUACCACUACAUGUGAUCUUCACAAUGCCUUGGACACCUACUAGUGAAUUCCCACAUCCUAUGUCCCGUGUUAAACAACCAGUGGCAAAUAAAUUGUCUUAUCAAAUUGUCGAUGCGUUCAUUUGGCUGGGAAUACGAGAUUUGAUUAACGAGUUUAGGAAGAAGCAGCUAAAGCUUAGAAGAGUCACAUACUUAAGUGGCAACUAUAGCUCACCUCCUGAAUUGCCUUAUGGGUAUAUAUGGAGUCCUCACCUUCUCCCCAAACCAAAAGAUUGGGGGCCCAAGAUCGAUGUUGUUGGCUUCUGCUUCCUUGACCUUGCAUCAGGUUAUGUACCUCCGGAUGAUCUUGUACAGUGGCUAGAAGGUGGUGAUCCACCUGUCUAUGUUGGGUUUGGUAGCCUGAUAACAAGUUUGAAACAGCCUGUUCAAGAACCAGAGAAGAUGACACAGAUGAUUGUCAAGGCUUUAGAACUGACUGGUCAAAGAGGCAUCAUUAACAAAGGCUGGGGAGGGCUGGGGAAUUUGGCACAACCAAAGGACUCGAUUUACUUACUGGACAAUUGCCCUCAUGACUGGCUGUUCUUAAGAUGCAAGGCUGUGGUGCAUCAUGGAGGUGCUGGAACAACUGCUGCUGGUCUUAAAGCUGCGUGUCCUACAACCAUUGUGCCUUUCUUUGGCGACCAACCCUUCUGGGGUGAUCGGGUCCAUGCUAGAGGAGUAGGCCCUGCACCGAUUCCAGUUGAUGAGUUUACGACUGAAAAGUUGGUUGAUGCUAUCAAAUUCAUGCUAGAUCCUAAUGUGAAACAGCAAGCAGUUGAAAUUGCAAAGGCCAUGGAGAAUGAAGACGGGGUGACAGGUGCCGUGAAAGCCUUCUACAAGCAUUUCCCUGGAAAGAAGACCGAGGACGACGAAGAUGACCACAUAGGACAUGGGCAUGGACUUGGUCAUCCUCAUUCGAAGCUUUCCAUCCGCGGGUGUUUCGGCAUUCACUGACCAUUGCUUCAACUGUGAUUCUGAGGAUUUUAACUUCACCAUCAAGCGAAUCUCCGCCAAUGCUAAUCUCAACCAUAGAGUGUGUUGUGCUAAGUUUUACUAAUCCCGACGAUGUUUGGAGUGUGUGUUGCUUCUUGUCUUCCCUGAUUUCCUGUAAUAGCUUACUUUGAGGAAACGUCCUUGUUGUACAACGGCUUCCAGUGCAGUGUGAACGUUUUCUAUAGCCAGGGAAAUGUAGCAGCAGCUGUUGGUCUUCAACCUUUCUUCCCUUUAUCGGAAGGCGUGGGUAAGUGCAUCAAAUGAUACCCAUCUAAAAAUUGGAGUGUUAUAUUCUCUUUUGGAUGCGUGGGUACGUCCAACGAUGAACACAUCGGAAAACAAUACUACGUUUCUUUCUUCUUC